GUUACUAAAAAACAAACUUUCCUUCCUAAAAGAUUUGUUUAGUCUAUUGUCUUAAUGAAUUGAUAUUUUCGCCUAAGUACAACUCCUUUUCUCUAAUUGACGAGCAUUAUUGGCCAGCAAGUUUCUUGUGGUUUCGACACGUUUACAAAACCAAAAGAACUUGUGAACAACAGAAUYUGUUGUCUUCCGAUUGUCAGGGGUAACACAGACACAUUUGGCGUCUAAAAAUAUUGCAAGAAAGCCUCAGAACAGUAAAACAUUUGAAGAUAAAGUAGUUGAAUCACAAACGAAGACUAAAAACAGCAAACGAAAAGAAACUUUUCAGGUUUUAUGAAGAAAAAAGUACAUGAGUGAGACUUUACAAACUGUUACGUAACACUUUGAUGUGAGAGAAGUGCUACAGGGCAAGUGGUUUACAUCUAAACGCGAGUUCUUGUUCAAGAAAUCUUGAUAAGUAGUAGAAACAGUCGCGAAUUCUUCCGAGCAAUUUACGAGCAAUGAUCGAUUACAUAGAUCUCAAGAUGAAACUCUCAAUUAUUAUCAUAAUGAUGUGCACCUCUCCAAUCUUUUCAAGUAUGCCGAACACACAGAAUGAAUCGAUAACAAGUCGGGUGAUUAAGCCCUCAGCGAGUAUGUACGAAAGCAUUCCGACAAACGUAGUUCAGGAAACAAAAAUGCUUACUGCCUCUACAACAGAUUUGUUUCCUUCAACAACAAUUCUUUCGGCCUCAUCUACACAUAUUCAACCGAGUUUUAAACAAAUGGUAUUAACUUCCGAAUAUAUUUYGACGAUAAUCGUGUCAAGUUCGGAUUCCGAGGGCUUUACGACAACUCAACGAAGUACAUCAUUAACUCAAGGUAGCUCAAAGAGCUGCGCUGAAAAUGAAAUGAAACUCAUUUCAGCAAGGACAGCAAAUGUAACUAACAAUACAAUGGUGGUUGGAAAUCGAAAUUUGACACAGCAAUUACMAGAGUCGGAAGAAAUAGUUGCUAUUGUACUUCGAGUUUCUUUGCAGAAAGAUGUAAGUGAGGAGAAGUUCAAAGUCAAUCUGACUGRGAGAAUUGUAGUCGCUUACGAUAAAGGUUCAAAAACUCGGCGAAAACGCAGAGAAUUGUUUGGGAAAUUAAACAUACGAAAAAUAAAGAACAGAUUUCAUCGUUACUUCAUAAAGGAACCUCGGKCAAACGCAUUGAAGAAUGUUAUGUUGAGAAGCAAGAGAGAAACAUCCSUCACUGCAGUCAGGAUUGUAUUUCUCCAAAGACGAUCCAAAACCAGUGAGCAAGUAGAUGUCCAUUUUGUWGUCUAUGYAGACAAUGUGGAGRUACCUGCUUACAGUGUUAUUCAGAYAGUGAAMAAACUKACGCAUGACGAGCUGGCUGACACUUUGGGAUAUCCGGUUCUGCGUAAUCCUUUCUUACCAAGCAAAGCCAAGUCUACUCAGACUCCUCCACAGCGAGAAGCCCUAAGUCAGCGCGCCUUGGUGUCCGCCAUCUUGAUUCCUGUUACCGUUUUGGUGGUUCUGAUGCCGUGUUUACUGAUAAACACAGAAAGGUUGUCAUGGAAAUGUCUACGAAGGCAUAACCACGUCGAACCGAUUGAAAAUGCUACAAAGGAACAAAAUAUGAAGAAUACAGUGCCCAAGGAACUAAAACAGAAAAGAAAAUCGACCACUGAAGAACAAGCUACAGUCUCCCCUCCAGUCCCRGCGACGUCACCAAUCUCGUCCAAACUCCUUCAAACGAAAGAAAAACAAGUAAUAAMGAAUGCWAAUAACGAAGACAGCAAAGCAAGAAGGCCUAGUCUUGCACAGWCGAUAUUACUCCGUGCAAAACAGCUCGAAGAAGUCGAAAUGAAACAAGAGAAUAACUUUAACGUUGACUCUAAAAGUGAUAAUGAUAAAUCAAUUCAUGAUAAAGAAGAAAUUGRASAAAAAAASUUGGAAUUUACUCUAGACAAAUCMAUUCAMCARGRAGAUGGGAURAAAGGGAAUGAAACAACGAAAAYCAAAACACGAAAAACRAUUUCACGAUCUGCWAAUUGA